AAACUAGGCAAAGAAGCGCAGUGGGGACAAGUCUGGAAUGCGGCGAUGCCCGCAAAGCAGCGCGGGAGACGUUUGGCUGUGAAGAUCGACCUUGCAUCUGACAUGGGAGUAUCACCAAUCUCGUACCUAUCCCCUGUCAAACAAAGUCGAUAUCCCCCUCAGCAUCUCGAUUCUGUGAUAUUUCCAACCAACUAAGAAAGAAGAUGCAACCAUAAAGCGCCAACUCAAUAUGCGAUAACAUCCAUUCUCUCCUAACCCCAAUGCCUCCCCCCCGCGCACGAUGCAUCUUGUCGUCCGCUUCUCCGCCUCCAUCCCCGACCUCCCCCUAACCAUCCCCUUCCCGCACUCCACCUCCGGCCUCGCCCUAAAGCGCCUCGUCCGCUCCCAUCUACCGCCUCUGCUCGCCCACAACCGCAUCCGAUUGAUCCAUGCCGGCCGCGUCCUCUCCGACACCGCGCCACUCGCCUCCUCGCUUCCCGCGCCGCCGCCGAACGAUCGGGUUCUAGGGCGGAGGGCAGACCACGGGGGGAAGGGGAAGGCGCCCGUUCGCGAUGUACAUCUGGAUGUAUUAUCGGAUCCGUUCGGUUCGGGUUCGGGUUCAUCGCAUGAUGUAGCGAGGGUGUACAUUCAUUGCUCCGUGGGCGAUGUACUAUCCGUCUCCGAGCUCGCCGCGGAAGCCACGAACGAGGCGACUGCCCAAGCCGCCCUUACCGCCGCCUCCCACUCCAAAUCCACUCGCGAUGACUCAGAGGGCUCCUCCGCUGCGGCAGCCGCGACCCCUACAACAGCCACACCGGGGGAUAUCACCACCUCCCCGCCGCAGGGCUUCGACCGUCUCCUCACCGCCGGCUUCUCCCCCACCGAAGUCGCUUCCCUCCGCUCACAGUUCCAGACCAUCCUCUCGCACACCCACACGCCCGACACUAUGCCCACCGGCAACGCGCUGAGAUCCCUAGAGGACCGAUGGCUGGACACGGACUCGUUCGGGCGCGGCGCGGCGGGGGCAGGGGGCGCGACGACAGAGGUACCGGGCGAAGAGGAGGGCGGGGGUUUGGACGAUCUGCUGCGAGGGACGGUGAUGGGGUGCGUGUGGCCGAUGGGGGCGCUGGUGUGGGGCUUUCGGGAGGAGGGGGUAUGGACGCAGCGGAAGCGGAUUGCGGUGUUUACGGGGAUUAUGAUCAAUUUGGCGUUUGGCUUUGUGAAGCUUACGAGUUGAGUGGCGUGGGCGAUGGGUGUGGGUAUGUAUUAUAGCAAGGUGUUACGGUCGUGCGGGAAUCGAGUGGGAUUCCAGCAUCGGAGUAAGAUGACUUCAUGUAUUAUGGCAUCGCUGGGCAUAAAGCACCAUUUAAUCAAACCUGCUAUCCCGGCAAAAUAUCCCGACCAAAUCAUCCCGUCCCAGAACGCCAUGCAGCCAUUUCCACCCGUCUACCGAAACUUGCUGGCAAUAACGGCAAUAAUCAAAAGCACCAGCACCGUGAUG